UCAAUAAGUUAUGUAUGACUAUUACGAAUUUGAAGAACGUAAAAUGAAAGGGUUUCGCGACUGGCGCAAAGCUCUUCGGACUCCAGCCACGUAUAGAGUGGGCAACGCAGUGAGAAUACAGCCACAGUUCAUGUUUAUGAUUAUUGUUGUUGGUGUUUUUCUUUUAAUAUUAUUUUACUACAAUUGGUGUACUAGUGGUGCGCCAUUGACACACCAGUGGACUCGAAGUUCGUGGCCAUAUAACGCUACAUACCCCUUAACCUUGCCAUUUCAAUCUGGAAAUGUGAUAACUUAUAAAAUUGGUAUUGUAGCAGAUUUAGAUACUAAUUCUAAAAGCCAUACAAAACCUCAUACAUUUAAUAGCUAUUUAAAGAAGGGUUAUCUAAAUUAUGAUCCAGUGAAGCAGUAUGUCACCAUAACAUGGGACAAACGGCCAGCUUCUUUGCUGUCCUCCACAUAUUCACAGAAAGGACGUGGAAUGGAACUAUCCGAACUUAUUGUAUAUGAUGGCAAAUUACUUACUUUUGAUGAUCGCUCUGGCAUGGUUUUUGAAAUAAUAAACAAUAAAAUGGUGCCAUGGGUCAUACUAUCAGAUGGAAAUGGCCAUAAUGAGAAAGGCUUUAAAUCUGAAUGGGCGACAGUCAAAGACAAGAUAUUGUAUGUCGGAUCAAUGGGAAAGGAAUGGACAACUACUAGUGGAGAGUUUGAAAGCUACGACCCUAUGUGGGUUAAAGCUAUAAAUAUUUAUGGAGAGGUACAACACUUAAAUUGGGUUCAUCAAUACAAAGCAAUUAGAUCCUCUAUUGGUAUUCAAUGGCCCGGUUACAUGAUACACGAGUCUGGAGUCUGGUCGCCUUUACAUGAAAAAUGGUAUUUCUUGCCGAGGCGUUGCAGCCAAGAAAGUUAUAAUGAAACAAGAGAUGAAGUAAUGGGUUGUAACUAUUUGAUCACUGCUGACAGCAAUUUUAGUCAUGUUAAAGCAAAAGAGAUAGUACAACAUCAGCCGAAGUACGGAUUUUCAUCGUUUAAAUUCAUUCCCGGAUCAAAAGAUGAGGCUAUUGUUGCUUUGAAAACUACUGAGUUUGAGGGUAAUACAGCUACUUAUGUCACAGCGUUUAAAACAGAUGGAACUGUACUUCUACAAGAUACUUUAAUAGAAAACCUCAAAUAUGAAGGCAUUGAAUUUAUAUGAAGCUAAAAUUUAAUAGAGAAUGCUGAAUAAUUUAAAUCUAUAAUUGAUUUGUAAAUAACUCAUAAAACCAACGAACUGAAUAAGUGAAGAACAAUUACCUCUGUCUAUUCAAAUCAAAAAAUGGAAUGUAAAUGAUUGUAUAUACAGUUGGAAAGACAUCUAAGCACAACCGAUAGUCAAUUUUUAUAUAUAGCAAAUAUGUAAAUAAGUAAAUUGUUAUUUCGUUAAAAA